AGCUAGUCGGAUUAUUCAUGGUGACACUCCCUGUCAUCUUGACUGUACUGUUGACCCCACAAUGGCGGAGGAAACAACUUUUUUGAAAGCUUCCUCCUUCAUGGAUCCUUUUAAAGGCUUCUUGUUGGCAUAUUUGAUGCCCGAGUCAUGUUACGACGAGUUAUUUAUCAAGUUCAACCUUUUGGAUGUUCCAUGUCUAAAGAUUUUGAUCAGCAAAGGACUGGGGAUAGGCAUCAUCCUUGGAUCAGUGAUGGUAAAGCUACCACAGAUCUUGAAGAUGAUGGGGGCUAAGAGCGCCGAGGGUCUGAGCUUCCAGUCGGUGCUACUGGAGCUGCUAGCCAUCACUGGAACCAUGGCCUACAGUAUCGCUAACAAGUUCCCCUUCAGUGCUUGGGGUGAGGUGUUCUUCCUCAUGCUGCAGACAAUCACCAUUGGUUUCCUCAUUCAGCACUACGCAGGGAGAACCGCCAGAGGUGUUGUUUUUCUGUUGGUGUACCUGGGGUUGUUGUUCCUGGUUUUGUCUCCAGUCACUCCUACAUCAGUGGUAACCACCAUGCAAGCCUUCAACAUGCCUGCCGUCAUCGUUAGCAGGCUGAUCCAAGCGGCCACUAACUUUCGCAACGGACACACUGGCCAGUUGUCAGCUAUUUCCAUCUUCCUGUUGUUUGCUGGAUCGCUAGCACGCAUCUUCACGUCACUGCAGGAGGAUUUGGAGAGUGAGGAGAGUUCUAGUGUUUCAUUCCUUGAUGCCUAAACACAAUGCAGGCUUAGUUAUGAGCUCCUCCUGCAGGUGGGUGGUAGCAUUUUCAGCCCAAGUUUUUGAAAUAUUUAAAAUUGGAGAUUAAUCUGACAGCUGCACUUUUGCACAGUUCAGGCAUUAUAGUAGGAAAUUCGUAUUUUUUAUCUCUUUAAAUGUAUUUUUUAAAAUUUCAGUUUUUCUGUGUUUUUUCUGACUUAUAAUGUGUGUUAAAAUUUUGAUCCGUCUCUUUGCCAAACCUGCCAACAACUACGGUUUUCCCAUAAUGAGUACAGUUUUUAAGCAUCCAUUCCGGUUUGCGGCUGCAGUGGUAAAAACUACGGUUUUCCAUUAAAAAUUAUUAAUUUAAAAAUCGAAGCUACGUAGCUUAACUACAUUUCCCAGUAAAUUGGCAGUAGCAUUGCUACUUUUGAAAUAAGUAGCGAUUUCCGUAGCUUAGCUAUUUUUAGACCCAUGUAGCGGUUAGCUAAGCUACAUGCUACAAAAAAAGCCGAAGAGAAAAUGAGAAAUGGACUAGUGUAACUCAACGGGCAGGGGACAACAUAUACAGGAAACAUCAAUGAUGAUUGGUUGGUUUACUUAAAGAACAUCCAUGAUUGGUUGGUUUCUUUACAAUGAUGAGUUAAGAUUAGGACAAAACAUCCCGGACAGGCCAAUCUGAGGUCAGAUCAUCGAACCAGAAAGGGAAAUCACAACAGAUGCGCACAUACCAAAUGAGGAUGAAAGAGUAGAAGAAGAGGAGAGGAAAUAUUCAAACGGGCCAUUUGUAUAUUAAAAAAAAUAGUGGAAGAUGGCAGAGGGAUUCUCUUCCUUAGAUUUUUCUUUUAGCGAUGUAGACGACAGCCAGGAAACCCACAAUGCGCUUACUUGUUCACAUUUGGACAAAUGUAUGCGUCUGGAUAAAACAAUGACCAACACAUUCAUUUGAGUUUACCAUGUAAGCCCAAAUCAAAAACUGCUCUCGACAUGGAAGACAAAUACACAUUUAAGAACGCGCGAGAUUGUGGCAGACGUGAUGACUUAAAGGGGAACAUUAUCACCAGACCUAUGUAAGCGUCAAUAUAUACCUUGAUGUUGCAGAAAAAAGACCAUAUAUUUUUUUAACCGAUUUCCGAACUCUAAAUGGGUGAAUUUUGGCGAAUUAAACGCCUUUCUAUUUAUCGCUCUCGGAGCUAAGAUGUCAGACUGUGACGUCACCUAGGUAAUAAAGCCGCCAUUUUCUCAAACACAUUACAAACACCGCGUCUCAGCUCUGUUAUUUUCCGUUUUUUCGACUAUUUUCUGGAACCUUGGAGACAUCAUGCCUCGUCGGUGUGUUGUCGGAGGGUGUAACAACACUAACAGAGAGGGAUUCAAGUUGCACCACUGGCCUAAAGAUGCAAAAGUGGCAAGAAAUGGGACGAAAUUUGUUCAAAAUACGAGGGUGUGGGGAAAGCCGACGAAAUGGUCUGUCGUUUGUUCCGCACUUUUUACCGACGAUAGCUAUGCUACUACAGAGAUGGCAAGAUUGUGUGGAUAUCCUGCGACACUCAAAGCAGAUGCAUUUCCAACGAUAAAGUCAAAGAAAUCUGCCGCCAGACCCCCAUUGAAUGUGCCUGGAGUGUCUGCACAUUUUACCGGCGGUGCUAAGGCAGACAUGGCACAGAGAUGUAUGGAUAACCUGCAGAUGCAUUUCCAACGAUAAAGUCAACUAAAUCACAAAGGUGAGUUUUGUUGAUGUUGUUGACUUAUGUGCUAAUCAGACAUAUUUGGUCGCGGCAUGACUGCCAGCUAAUCAAUGCUAACAUGCUAUUUAAGCUAGCUGCAUGUACAUUGGAAACUAUAUUUACAUCCAGCGUUUCCCUCCACCCACAUUUAAUGCCAAACAAACACUUACCAAUCGAUGGAUUUAAGUUGAUCCAGUGUCACAAGAUGCGAAAGUCCUGAUCGUUUGGUCUGCAGAUUUUACCGCCGAUGCUAAGGCAGACAUGGCCGAAUAGCGUCAAUAGCUAUUCGCUCAAUAGCUUCAGUUUAUUCUUCAAUUUCGUUUUCGCUAUCUGCCUCUAUACUCCAACCAUCUGUUUCAAUACAUGCGUGAUCUGUUGAAUCGCUUAUGCCGCUAAAAUCCGAGUCUGAAUCCGAGCUAAUGUCGCUAUAUCUUGCUGUGCUGUCCGUAUUGGCAUCACUGGAUGACGUCACAGGAAAAUGGACGAUGGCUUCACAGAUAGCGAAAAUCAGGCACUUUAAAGCUUUUUUUAGGGAUAUUACGGGAUGGGUAAAAUUUAGGAAAAAACUUCAAAACAUAAAAUAAGCCACUGGGAACGGAUUUUUAUUGGUUUUAACCCUUCUGAAAUUGUGAUAAUGUUCCCCUGUAAGCUACACUGUAGCCUGUCUAAAUGCAAUAUUUAAUUUUCAUUGGUGUUUUAGAACAAGACAGUAGCUGACAUUUUGUUAAUUAUUUAUACUGUGUAUAUCUUGACAUUGAAUAGUUAUAUCAUUUUGAUACAAACAACAUGACUGCAAGAUGUUUGUUAUUUCAUGCUAUAAAUCACAAUUGGCUAUUCAGAUAAAGUAAGUUAGCCAAUAGAAUAAACAUUGUUUUUGCAUUUGGAGCAGUUAGAAGUGGAGAGGGAGUCGAAGAGACACAAAUUUGCUCUAAAAUCCAAGGCAGAAUCCACUAAAGCAAAACACAAAAAGUAAAAUGCAAAGAAAAUGCCAGGAAGGCUCAUGUCAGAGCCAUCAGAGCAAAAAUGCCAAGGUAUUGUGUGAAUGAAGCAAGGUAAUGUGUAAAUAAUGUAAAUAACUAGAUGAACCAUCCGUGGCUGUGAAGUGAACACUAGUAAGGUUGUAAAUACUUUAUAGAGUAGAUUAACCCAUGUGGAUGUGAACACAAGUUGUAAUUACUGUAGUAACUAAAUAAUGUGGUGACUGGAACACAAAUAGUGAUUAAUUUGAAUGAAUGGGGUAUGUAUUGAUGUCAACACUGUUGAUCAUUUUUGCAUGUUCAAUUGCUGAAAAACCAGGAGCUUUGAUGGUGGGGGUGGACGUGGACCUGGCUGGGGACCUGUGGCCCCUGACCCCCGGCUUAUUUUCAGUCUGUUUUCAUUAAGGUCAAAUCACAUGCCAGACUUAAACAAGUUAAAAAACUUAUUGUCAAUUGUACGGAAUAUGUACUGAACUGUGCAAUCUACUAAUAAAAGUUUCAAUCAAUCAAUCAAACUUUAUAUUAACAGAGGUGUAAUGCCACCGAGUCAGCUGCUGCUACUUUUUCCAGGCUUCUGGUUGGACAAAUCGUGCAUGACAUUAGAUGUCUGCGUUUGUGUGUAGACGGAGACAGUUUUGAAACGACACUUGUGCGGAUGGAGAUGGUUUUAACCACUGAUACAAGUAGCUUCUGUGAGUAAAAAGUACCUCUUUUAAGGUUUGGGCCGAUUACAUUGUAUCUUGUUGAUGACUGCGAUAUUAAAUAGCCCAGGGGUCACCAACCUUUUUGAAACUAAGAGCUACUUCUUGGGUACUGAUUAAUGCGAAGGGCUACCAGUUUGAUCCAGACUUAAAUACAUUUCCAGAAAUAGCCAAUUUGCUCAAUUUACCUUUAAUAAAUAAAUCUCUAUAUAUAAAAAAAUGAGUACUUCUGUCUCUCAUUCUGUCAUACAAAAUGUUUUUUGUAGAGAGUAAAUGAUGAAAAAAAAACUUAAUUGAACGGUUUAAAAGAGGAGAAAACAGGAAAAAAAUGAAAAUAAAAUUUUGAAACAUAGUUUAUCUUCAAUUUCGACUCUUUAAAAUUCAAAAUUCAACCGAAAAAAAUUAAGAGAAAAACUAGCUAAUUCGAAUCUUUUUAAAAAAAAUAAAAUAAUAAUUUAUGGAACAUCAUUAGUCAUUUUCCCUGAUUAAGAUUACUUUUAAAAUGUUGACAUGUUUUAAAUAGGUUAAAAUCCAAUCUGCACUUUGUCAGAAUAAUUAACAAAUUGGACCAAGCUAUAUUUCUAACAAAGACAAAUCAUUAUUACUUCUAGAUUUUCCAGAACAAAAAUCUUAAAAGAAAUUUAAAAGACUUUGAAAUAAGAUUUAAAUUUGAUUCUACAGAUUUUCUAGAUUUGCCAGAAUAUUUUUUCUGAAUUUUAAUCAUAAUGAGUUUGAAGAAAUAUUUCACAAAUAUUCUUUGUCGAAAAAACAGAAGCUAAAAUGAAGAAUUAGAUUAAAAUGUAUUUAUUAUUCUUUACAAUAAAUUAAAAAAAUACUUGAACAUUGAUUUAAAUUGUCAGGAAAGAAAAGGAUGGAAUUUAAAAGGUAAAAAGGUAUAUGUGUUUAAAAAUCCUAAAAUCAUUUUUAAGGUUGUAUUUUUUUCUCUAAAAUUGUCUUUCUGAAAGUUAUAAGAAGCAAAGUAAAAAAAUUAAUGAAUUAAUUUAAACAAGUGAAGACCAAGUCUUUAAAAUAUUUUGGUGGAUUUUGAAAUUCUAUUUGAGUUUUUUCCCUCUUAGAAUUAAAAAUGUCGAGCAAGGCGAGACCAGAUUGCUAAUAAAUAAAUACAAAUUUAAAAAAAUAGAGGCAACUCACUGGUAAGUGCUGCUAUUUGAGCUAUUUUUAGAACAGGCCAGCGGGCGACUUAUCUGGUCCGCGUUGGUGACCCGUGAAAUAGCCAUAUAUUGAAAACCCUAGUUUGUGAGUGAACUUAUGUAAUAAAAGUAAGGAAGUCGUGCGAAAAGAGUGAAAAUGUUGCGCAUUUUGCAGUCUUUUAUUGAUUUGACAAGCAAUCAAGAUAAAACUGUCUUCAAAGCCAAGAUGUUCAUGUUUAUUGAUUGACUGCUUUUUUACAUUUUGUUGUAGCUCCUUGCUCAGCGUCUUUAAGUGCCUUGAAAAGCCCUUUAUGAAUCAAAUGUAAUAGUAUUAAGAUACAGUGCAGGAUUUAAUUGAUGUAUUUGUAGAUAGUAUUUUUUUUAUUUAUUUAUUUUUUUUUUUUGCUGUUUCUUUUUUUGGUUAGGGGGAUAGGUGGUAUGGUUGGGAUAUAAACAAAACUUGUUUUGACAUUUAGGGUGGACAACAGUUAUAUGAUGUAUAUAUGAUAUGAUGUAAUGGAUAAGAAUGUCUGAUGCUGGAUGUCAAUAAAAAGAAAAUGAAAAAAAAGUAGAUAGUCACUGAAGGCAUCACAACUAUGACACCUGUGAAGUGAAAUCCAUUUCACGUUACUACCUCUUGGAGCUCAUCGAGAGAAUCCCAAGAGUGUGCAAAGCAGUAAUCAGAAUAAAGGGUGGCUAUUUUGAAGAAAUUACAAUAUAAAACAUGUUUUUAGUUAUAUCACAUUUUUUUUGUUAACUACAUAACUCAAUGUGUUCAUUCAGAGUUGUGAUGCCUUCAGUGACAAUCUACAAUGUAAAUAGUAAUGAAAAUAAACAAAACGCAUUGAAUGAGAAAAAUAAAUAAAUAAAAAGAUACGGUGCAGGAACCUAUGGAGCUUUGUUUUCAUGGCGUUAGUGAAGACUCUGACCAAGUUUGUCCAAAUGCAACAAAUGUAAUACCAGAACAUAUAGGACUAUCUCAGAAAAUUUUAAUAUUGUGAUAAAGUCCUUUAUUUUCUAUAAUGCAACUAAAAACAUGAAAAUGUCAAACAUUCUGCAUUCAUUACACAUCAACUGAAAUAUUGCAAGCCUUUUAAUAUUGCUGAUUAUGGCAUACAGCUUAAAAAAACUCAAAAAUCCUAUCUCAAAAAAUUUGAAUAUUUCCUCAGACCAAGUUAAAAAAAAAGAUUUAUAACAGUAAAACAAAAUCAAACAUUUGAAAAUGUCAAUUAAUGCACUCAGUAUUCGGUUGGGAAUCCCUUUGCACGGAUUACUGCAUCAAUGCGGCGUGGCAUGGAGGCAAUCGGCCUGUGGCAUUGCUAAGGUGUUAUGGAUGCCCAGGAUACUUCAAUAGCGGCCUUCAGCUCAUUUGCAUUAUUGGGUCUGGUGUCUUUCAGCGUCUUCUUCACAAUACCCCACAAAUUCUCUAUGGGGUUUAGGUCAGGAGAGUUGGCAGGCCAAUCGAGGACAGUAAUGCCAUGGUCAGUGCACCAGUUACUGCUGGUUUUGGCCCUGUGAGCAGGUGCCAGAUCAUGCACCUGGAGCCUAUCUCAGCUGCAUUCGGGCGGAAGGCGGGGUACACCCCAGAUUUAAAAAAAAAAGAAGUAAAUUCUCUUAUUAAAACCUCUCAAGGUUUAGUGGCCACAUGCGUGGACAGCACCUUUUAGUUCUUGUUUCCAAAAUUGUGUACACUACUGAAUUGGGGUCUUAUGGCCGCUUAUGUGGACACUUAUACUGCCAUCUAGUGGUGUUAGAAGAAUAUAACAUACAAUGGAAUUUGGGGGAAAAAAGUGUAAAAAAUAAGAAUUAGCAUGUCGCUAAACAUGAAGUACACAUUUUUUACUUAUGGACUACGUACAUCAUAUCAAAGGAAGAUUCUUAAUUUUUAUUCUUAUUAGGGUCCAAUAAGCCCAAAUAGCAAAGAGAAAUAAAACAAAAAAGCAUGGAAACAAACAGCUUGGGCCUUAAGAGGUUUUUAAAGCUGCUAGUUUUAGUAUUAUUCUAAA